CUGAAUUCGCGCCUCACCGUCGUUGUUCUCGAAACCAAAACGCCAUAUUCUUGGUUUUUGAAAUCAGACCCAGAAUACGAUCAGCUGGAUCAUCAUCAUCAUCCUCAUUGUCACUAUCACUAUGUUGGCUAAACUCUUCAACCAAUUCUCACAAAAACAACAACCUCUUCCUCAGGCAAGGGUGUCAGAAGCUGAUUUAGAUCCAAAAAUUGUUUUUCACUAUGGGAUUCCGUCCACUGCGUCAAUUCUCGCAGUUGAUCGCACACAAAGCUUAUUGGCAAUUGGAACCCUGGAUGGCAGAAUAAAAGUGAUUGGUGGUGAUAAUAUUGAAGGGCUUCUGAUAUCUCCUAAGCCCUUGGCAUUUAAGUACUUAGAGUUCUUGGAAAAUCAAGGUUUUCUAGCUAGUGUCUCAAGUGAAAAUGAAAUUCAGGUUUGGGAUUUGGAACACAGGCAAAUAGCUGGUUCUCUGCAAUGGGAAUGCAAUGUAACUGCAUUCUCUGUUAUUUAUGGCACCAAUUACAUGUAUAUUGGAAACGAAUACGCAAUGGUGUCUGUGGUGAGGUAUGAUGCAGAAGAGCGAAAGAUCAACUUACUGCCAUACAAUAUUUCUUCAAACCUUAUAGCUGAAGCAGCUGGAAUGUCAUUGCUUGAUAAUCUUUCUGUUGUGGGAGUUCUCCAUCAACCUAGUUCUCCGGGAAGCAGACUGCUGAUUGCAUACGAGAAUGGUCUGAUUGUUCUCUGGGAUGCUUCACAAGAUCGAGUUGUUUGUGUAAGAGGUUCCAAGGACCUUCAAGUGAAGGAAGAAACAGUCCAUAGUUCUCCAAAAGGAAAAAGAACUGAGCCUUUUGAUGCUAUAUCAGACAGGAAACAUGUGGAGAAAGAGAUAAGCUCUCUUUGUUGGGUAUGUGAUAACGGGUCGACUCUUGCUGUAGGCUAUACAGAUGGUGAUAUAAUGUUUUGGGAUAUAUUAACUGCUGCCUCUACCAAGGAUAAUAGGUCUAAAAAUAUACCUAACAAUGUUUCAAAGAUACAGUUAUCAGAAGAUGAAAAGAGACUCCCUGUCAUGACUGUAAACUGGUCUGCGAAUAGGUUAAAAACUCAUCCCAGGGGCCAACUAUUUGUUUAUGGAGGGGGAGGAAUUGGAUCUGAAGAAGUUCUCACGGUUCUCAGCGUGGAUUGGUCUUCAGGAAUAGAAAGUCUGAAAUGCAUAGGUCGCGUAGACCUUACACUAGUUGGUUCAUUUGCGGAUAUGGUUUUAUUGCCGGCUGCUAGUGCAAUGGAGAAUGGUGACACACUGGUAUUCACUUUGACAAAUCAGGGACAAUUGCAUUUCUAUGACAAGGAAUGCUUGUCUGCCCUGAUGUCUCAGCAAAAGAAAAAGACUGAUGGGACUGCAGUGCAGUAUCCUGUGUUCAUACCUACUACGGAACCAUGUAUGACAGUGGGAAAGCUUGCUUCGGUGGAUAGAGAUGGUAAAUGCUCCUCAGCUCUGUCUAAGCAAGUUGCUGUAGAUAAGUUUAAUGCGGAACACACUUUGAACAAGGGGGGCACAAAGUGGCCUUUGACUGGUGGUGUUCCCGGCCAACUUCGUGAUGGUGAAAACUUUCAUGUUGGGAGACUAUAUAUGGCAGGAUAUCAAGAUGGAUCUAUUCGAAUAUGGGAUGCCACCAAUCCAUCUCUGUCGCUUAUCUGUGCUAUAGGACCUGAGGUUGGUGUAAAAGGUAUCAGAUGUACAAAUGGAACAGUAUCAGCAUUGGAAUUUUGUUCUCUUACUUUCGAAUUAGCUAUUGGUGGUGUGAAUGGUCUGGUUCGACUUUAUAAACUAAUAGGGGGCUCAGACAAGACAGAAUUGCACUUUGUGACAAAAACAGAGAAGGAAGUUUAUACUUCACAACAAGGUAAUGGGCCUCGGUGCACUGCUGUGUUUUCUAUUCUUGAUUCUCCUAUAUGCAUACUACAAUAUGCCAAUUUUGGAGCAAGACUUGCUGUGGGAUAUGAAUGUGGCCGGGUUGCAAUGCUUGAUAUUAGUUCAUCAUCAGUUUUGUUUCUUACAGACAGUGUAUCCAACUCAAGUUCCCCAGUCAUCUGUCUGUAUAUGAAAUCCAUUUCUGAUACUAAUAGCUUAUCACAUAGCCAAAAGGGUUCUGAAUCCAAAAAUUCCACCGAGCCUGAAAAUAGAAUGAAUAAAAAUGAUUCUGAAUCCAAGAUUUCAACUGAUACUGGAAAUGGGUUGGUAAUCCCAAUGAAACCUGAAUAUAAGAAUGUGGUUGAUCCUGAACAUGGAAUGAGUGUAAAAGAUCCUGAAUCCAAGACUUCGACUGAUUGUGGAAAUGUGUUGCCAAUCCCAAAGGACUCUGAAUCCAAGAAUGUAAUUGAUCCUGAACAUGCAAAAAGUGUAAAAGACCCUAAAUCCCAGACUCGGAAUGAUUCUGGAAAUGUGUUGGAAAUCCCACAGGACUCUGAAUCCAAGAAUGUGGCUGAUCCUGGACAUGAAACAAGUGUAAAAGAUCCUGAAUCCAAGACUUCGAGUGAUUCUGAAAAUGGAUUGGUGCUCAUUAUGACCAGAAAUGCACAUAUUGUUGUUUUAGAUAGUGCCACUGGUAAGAUGAUCAAGUCUCGGUCCAUGCAUCAAGAAAAGGAUUCCAUUGCGAUUUCAAUGCACAUUAUAGAGGAUAGUUAUGUUUUAUGUCAUUUGUCGAGUGCAAAGAAGCAUUCUCCAGACUCACCUAAGGAAGGUGAAGCCAAUCAUGAUAAUUUACCACCUAAUGCCGAAUCUGGAGCAACACAGCUUGUAGUUGACCUCAAUACCUUCACCAGAACUACAUAUUUUGUGCAGAGAUCAGUGAACAUAUGCAUUCUACUUUGUUGUGACAACACAUUGCAGUUAUGUUCAUUAAAGUCUGCGCUUGAGGGUGACAAUAACUCCAUUCUGAAGGUGAAUCUUGUAAAACCAUGUUGUUGGACUACAAUCUUAAAAAAAGACGGGAAAGACAGUGGAUUGGUUGUAUUAUAUCAGACGGGAGCCUUUGAAAUCAGGUCUUUCCCAAAUCUUGAAGUGGUGAGAGAAAUAUCAUUUAUGACUAUUCUAAGAUGGAACUUUAUGACAAAUAUGGACAAGACAUUCUGUUCUUCUGAUUGUGGGCAAAUUAUUAUGGUAAAGGGGUCUGAAUUAGCUUUUGUAUCACUUUUGGCCUGUGAAGAUGACUUCAGGAAUCUGGAGUCCUUCCCUUGUCUUCAUGAUAAAGUGCUAGCAGCGGCUACAGAUGUCAUUGCCAAUCUAUCUCUCAGGCAGAAACAGAGUGCUGCUCAUGGGAUAUUAGGAGGAAUCAUUAAGGGCUUAAAAUCAAGUAAAACGGAUAAAAACAUGGAUCCUAAUCAUCCAACAGAAAAUCACGAAAAGUAUUGUGCAAAUUUGGAGAGCUUAUUUUCAAAUCCCCCAUUCUUAAAAUCUUCUACAGAUGUGAAGGAUAGCCAAGAACCUGUGAUGCUUAACCUAGAUGAUAUUGUAAUUGAUGGACCUCUUACUGUCUUCCCUAAAGAUCAAAACACCAAGGAUGAAAAGAAAGACAAGGGAUCAGAGAAGAAAAAGUUAUUUGAAGGGGCGACUAGUGAUACAAAGCCAAAAAUGAGGACAGCUGCUGAAAUCAAGGCUAAAUAUAGAGAAACUGGGGAUGUCGCUGCAGCAGCUGCACGUGCAAGAGAAAUGCUUGCAGAACGUCAGGAGAAACUUGAGAAACUUAGCGAAAACACAGAAGAACUAGCGAGUGGAGCUCAAGACUUUGCAUCAAUGGCAAAGGAACUGGCCAAGAGAAUGGAGAAUCGUAAAUGGUGGCAGCUAUGACAAGUUAGCACAACCAUCCUGAUCAGUUAGUUUCGUCCAAUCUUUACGCUCUAAUG